GUUGCAAAGUGACCUCCUCCUCCGGGCGCAGCGGGUUCCCUCCCGCCACCCACCUUCCUCGUUUGUGCACUGGUUUUGGGGACGCUGCCGCCUCUGCAGCCGCCCCGGGUUCCCGCGUCUCCUCGGCACCCCGGUCUCCUUUCGAUAACUUCCUACAUGAUGAAUUAAGGGAAGAGGACACUCACUUGUUGCCAAGGAGAGCCGUUUGUCAGUUUCCAAAAUGCAGGACCCUUCAUCCUCAUCAGCGGAAAAGCAUAUUGGCUCUGCAAAUGGAGAUGGGGAUCUUGAUUCAGAGGACGGUUCAAGCCUGGAGGAAAUGGGCUUUAGCUGGGGAGACUAUUUGGAAGAAACGGGCACAAGGGCAGCACCACACUCAUCCUUCAGACAUGUGGAAAUCAGUAUUCAGAGUAACUUCCAGCCAGGAAUGAAGUUGGAGGUGGCCAAUAAGAACAAUCCGGACACUUACUGGGUGGCCACGAUCAUUACUACCUGUGGACAGCUGCUGCUUCUGCGUUACUGUGGUUAUGGGGAAGACCGCAGGGCUGACUUCUGGUGUGAUGUGGUCAUAGCAGAUCUGCACCCCGUCGGAUGGUGCACACAGAACAACAAGGUGUUGAUGCCCCCGGAUGCAAUCAAAGAGAAGUAUACAGACUGGACAGAAUUCCUUAUACGUGAUCUGACUGGUUCUAGGACGGCACCUGCCAACCUUCUGGAAGGUCCUCUGCGAGGGAAAGGCCCUAUAGACCUCAUUACAGUUGAUUCCUUAAUAGAACUUCAGGAUUCUCAGAACCCUUUUCAGUACUGGAUAGUUAGUGUGAUUGAAAAUGUUGGAGGAAGAUUACGCCUUCGCUAUGUGGGAUUGGAGGACACUGAAUCCUAUGACCAGUGGUUGUUUUACUUGGAUUACAGACUUCGACCAGUUGGUUGGUGUCAAGAGAAUAAAUACAGAAUGGAUCCACCUUCAGAACUCUAUCCUUUGAAGAUGACCUCUGAGUGGAAAUGUGCUCUGGAAAAAUCCCUAAUUGCCGCUGUAGAGUUUCCUCUUCCAAUGGAAGUAUUUAAGGACCAUGCAGAUCUGCGAAGCCAUUUCUUCACAGUUGGGAUGAAGCUGGAAACCGUGAAUAUGAGCGAGCCCUUUCAUAUCUGUCCUGCAUCAGUGACCAAGGUUUUUAACAAUCAUUUUUUUCAAGUGACUAUUGAUGACCUAAGACCCGAACCUAAUAAACUCUCAGUGCUGUGCCAUGCAGAUUCUUUGGGGAUUUUGCCAGUACAAUGGUGCCUUAAAAACGGAGUCAACCUCACUCCUCCCAAAGGUUACUCUGGCCAGGACUUCGACUGGGCAGAUUAUUACAAGCAACAUGGGGCAGAGGAAGCACCACCCUUUUGCUUCAGAAAUGCGUCUUUCAGUCGGUGCUUCACAAAGAACAUGAAGCUUGAAGCUGUGAACCCCAGGAAUCCGGGAGAGCUGUGUGUGGCCUCUGUGGUCAGUGUGAAGGGACGGUUGAUGUGGCUACGCCUAGAAGGUCUACAGACUCCGGUUCCCGAUGUCAUUGUUGAUGUGGAAUCCAUGGAUAUCUUUCCCGUGGGCUGGUGUGAGGCGAAUUCUUACCCUUUGACCACACCACACAAAGCAGCCUCACAAAAGAAGAGAAAGAUUGCGGUUGUGCAGCCAGAAAAACAGUUGCCACCCACAGUGCCUGCUGAGAAAAUAUCUCAUGACCUUUGCUUAUUCCCUCAUCUGGACACUGCAGCAGGGACUGUCAAUGGGAAAUACUGCUGUCCGCAGCUGUUCAUUAACCACCGCUGUUUCUCGGGCCCGUACCUGAACAAAGGGAGGAUUGCAGAGCUACCUCAGUCGGUGGGGCCUGGCAAGUGUGUGCUGGUGCUUAAAGAGGUUCUUAGCAUGCUAAUCAACGCAGCCUACAAGCCUGGGAGGGUGUUAAGAGAAUUACAGUUGGUAGAAGAUCCACACUGGAAUUUUCAGGAGGAGACACUGAAGGCAAAGUACAGAGGCAAAACAUACAGGGCUGUGGUCAAGAUCGUACGCACAUCAGACCAAGUAGCAAAUUUCUGCAGACGAGUUUGUGCCAAACUUGAGUGCUGUCCCAAUUUAUUUAGUCCUGUGCUGAUUUCUGAAAACUGCCCAGAGAACUGCUCCAUUCACACCAAAACUAAAUAUACCUAUUAUUAUGGAAAGAGAAAGAAGAUCAUUAAACCCCCAAUUGGGGAAAGCAGCAUGGAGAGCGGACAUCCAAAACCAGCCAGGAGAAGGAAACGACGGAAAUCCAUCUUUGUGCAGAAGAAACGGAGAUCUUCUGCUGUCGACUUCACAGCGGGCUCGGGGGAGGAAACUGAAGAGGAGGAUGCAGACGCCCCAGAGGAGGACACCGCUAGUGAGGAGACCGGCUCUGAGCUCCGGGAUGACCAGACAGACACCUCAUCUGCUGAGGUACCCUCUGCUCGGCCCCGGAGGGCUGUGACCCUGCGGAACAGUUCGGAGGCUGCUCAGCGGCCUCCAGUAGAGAGAGCCCGAAGGAGUCGCCCAACACCAAUCACUGCUUCCGCUGAUGAAGGGGACAAAGGCCCACCAGCCAAGCCUGAGGUCCCGGAGGAAACAAAGCAGGAAGAGGAAGAAAGGUUGAUCCUUGAAAGCAACCCAUUGGAGUGGACUGUCACCGACGUGGUACGGUUCAUUAAGCUGACAGACUGCGCACCUCUGGCCAAGAUCUUUCAGGAGCAGGACAUCGAUGGACAGGCUCUCCUACUGCUGACCCUUCCGACAGUGCAGGAGUGCAUGGAGCUGAAGCUGGGACCCGCUAUCAAGCUGUGCCAUCAGAUCGAGAGAGUGAAAGUGGCUUUCUAUGCCCAGUAUGCCAACUAACUCUACCUUCUCGGGAAGUGGAUCAUGAUUCUGGUGAUGCUGUGUUUGUGAAGGUUUUUAGGAUUGAGAUUUUGAUUUUUGUGGGCUAGGAAAAGUGGUACAUUCAGUGAAGAUUACCCACAGGCCCAAAGCCCAAGACCUCCUUCAAGCACCGUGGUUUGAUGGUUCCAUGUUUUGAAAGCACACAGAGGGACCACAGCAGUAGCUGCUGGGAAGUGUAAUUAAAGUUCUGCAUCAAACCCU